GUGUUUUUUUUUUUUUUUUGGUGGGUCAUUUGGAAUAAAUGUGCGGAGAAACCCCGGCACGGGAGCUGGAUGUUUACGGAUAAAAACUGGAAACGAAUGUAAAUUGGAGGAGCCGUUCAAGGGAAGCGGGGGACAGCUAUCCUCUACCAUCCUGGCUGUAAUCAACGAUGGAAACGUUGUGAAGGCAUUUUGUGGCAGACCCUUCUUAUGUCUUGUUCAAAAACCCUUUGAGUUCAGAAGACAAGACAAAUCCAUAUUCUGGUUCCCACCACGUUACUAUAUGCUAGCAUCUCUCCAGAAACAACCACAUUUUGACCAGAAUUUCCUUUGGUACCCGAAGGUUCAAGACGAACCUGGCUUUUGCCUCAAUGGAGUAUUUCAUGACCAAAAGGAGAAACCGUAGAGGUAGGAGUUACCUCUGCAUCAGCUGGGAAAUAGCCUAGCUCAGGUCAGCACAGUGCUGCCAGCUCCUCCCUGAUUGGUCCUUAACCCCCCCUGCUCCCACAGAGACCCUCCCCGGUCUAUCCCCACUUUCCUAGUUUUCUGUCCCGCAAACCGCUCUUAAGCCACCCGCCAUGUCGUCGGUCCGCUUCACGGUGACGCCCACCAAGGCCGAGGACCUCCCGGGGCUGUCCGACACGUCGCCCGACAUCAGCUCCCGCCCGUCCGCCCAUGUUCGCUUCGGCUCCAGGGAGAGCGUCAAUCGCAGCGACCUGGUGAGCGAGGGGUCCGCAGGUGGGACGACGUUUGGAGGAAUGGGAGGGAACGAAACGCCGGACCGCAGCAGCAUAGACCAAGGGGAUGGGAAGAUCUCCAGUGUUUACAUCAACAACAGUCAUGGGAUGGAUGACGAUGAAUUUUUCGACAGGAACUUGGCCUUAUUUGAGGAGGAGAUGGACACUAGGCCGAAGGUGUCUUCUCUGCUCAACCGCCUGGCUAACUACACCAACCUGACGCAGGGAGCAAAGGAGCAUGAGGAGGCUGAGAGCAUCGGGGAGAAGAAGAAAGCCAGCAAGUCGCCGCAGAUGGGGACGUUCAUGGGCGUUUACCUCCCUUGCCUUCAAAACAUCUUCGGAGUCAUCCUGUUCCUGAGGUUGACGUGGGUGGUGGGGACCGCUGGGGUUCUGCAGGCCCUCUGCAUCGUCUUCACAUGCUGCUGUUGCACGUUGCUGACUGCUAUUUCAAUGAGCGCGAUCGCCACUAAUGGAGUUGUGCCAGCUGGAGGCUCCUACUUCAUGAUCAGCCGCUCUCUGGGUCCAGAGUUCGGAGGGGCCGUGGGGAUCUGUUUCUACCUGGGCACCACCUUCGCUGGGGCCAUGUACAUCCUGGGAGCCAUUGAGAUCUUCCUGAUGUACAUUGUUCCUCAGGCAGAAAUCUUUAAAGGCGGCGGGGCGGCCAUGUUGAACAACAUGCGAGUCUACGGCAGCAUCUGUCUCCUCCUCAUGUCCCUGCUCGUCUUUGUCGGUGUAAAGUAUGUCAACAAGCUGGCCUCCAUCUUCUUGGCCUGUGUCAUCGUCUCCAUCGUUUCCAUCUACAUCGGAGCGUUUGUCUCCGCUUUCUACGAGCAUAAAUUUGACGUGUGCAUGCUGGGGAAUAGAACCAUCAGCAGCCACGUCGAGUGUAGUAAAACCGUCCCGGUGGGAAUCAAAGACACAGUGGGGAGCUUCGACAGCAACUUCACACUCGGCUACGAAAACAGCACAGCUGGACCGGUCAUUGUCCCCACCGCUGUGCCAGUGGUGGAGGAGAAAACCACACUUCUUUGGGAAGAAUUUUGCCACAGCACCGAACUCAACGCCACCUGUGACGAAUACUUCACCUCUAAUAACUUCACUAAGAUUAAAGGGAUUCCUGGUCUGGCCAGUGGCAUCAUUUCGGAGAACCUGUGGAGCUCCUACAUCAGCAAAGGCGAGGUUCUGCAGAAAAGCUCGCUCAGCUCCUCUCACUCGUCACCUCCAGCAUCACUGCCUCAUCCGUACGUGUUCGCCGACAUCACCACCUCCUUCACCCUGCUGGUGGGCAUCUUCUUCCCUUCGGUCACAGGAAUCAUGGCUGGUUCAAAUCGGUCGGGAGAUUUAAAAGACGCUCAGCGCUCCAUCCCCAUCGGAACCAUCCUUGCUAUCCUCACGACGUCUUUUGUCUACCUGAGCAGCGUCGUGUUGUUCGGCGCCUGCAUCGACGGCGUCGUCCUCAGAGACAAGUUUGGAGAGUCAGUUGACGGCACUCUGGUUGUUGGCACGCUGGCCUGGCCUUCUCCUUGGGUCAUUGUGAUUGGCUCCUUCUUCUCAACAUGCGGCGCAGGCCUUCAGUCGCUGACCGGCGCGCCACGACUCCUGCAGGCCAUCGCCAAGGACAACAUCAUUCCAUUUCUACGGGUGUUUGGACAUGGGAAAGCUAACGGCGAACCCACCUGGGCUCUUCUCCUGACGGCACUGAUAGCUGAGUUGGGGAUUCUCAUCGCCUCUCUGGACCUGGUCGCUCCCAUCCUCACAAUGUUCUUCCUGAUGUGUUACCUGUUUGUGAACUUGGCCUGCGCUCUGCAGACGCUGCUCAGAACCCCCAACUGGAGGCCCCGCUUCUCCUACUACCACUGGACUUUGUCGUUUCUGGGGAUGAUCAUCUGCCUCGCUCUCAUGUUCAUAUCUUCUUGGUACUACGCAAUCGUUGCCAUGGUGAUCGCUGGCAUGAUCUACAAAUACAUUGAAUAUCAUGGAGCAGAGAAGGAGUGGGGAGACGGGAUCCGCGGUCUGUCACUCAGUGCUGCCCGCUACGCCCUCUUGAGGCUGGAGGAGGGACCACCACACACCAAGAACUGGAGGCCCCAACUGCUGGUGUUGCUAAAACUGGACGAAGACGCCCACGUCAAGUCUCCGCGGCUGCUGACGUUCGCCAGCCAGCUGAAGGCAGGAAAGGGCCUCACCAUCGUCGGCACGGUCGUCCCAGGACACUUCCUGCAGACUUACGGCGAGGCUCUGGCCGCAGAACAGACUUUGAAGCUUCUCAUGGAGAAGGAACGGGUGAAGGGCUUCGUUCAGUGCAUAGUGGCUCAAAAGCCCCGCGAGGGAAUCAGUCACAUGAUCCAGUCGAGCGGUCUGGGAGGAAUGAAGCCCAACACGGUGGUGAUGGGCUGGCCGCACACCUGGAGGCAGAGCGAAGACCCGCAGGCCUGGAAGACCUUCAUCAAUACGGUCCGAGUGACCACGGCGGCCCACCUGGCUCUGCUGGUGCCCAAAAACAUCUCCCUGUUCCCCAGCAACAGCGAGCCGCCCACCGACGGCUACAUCGACGUGUGGUGGAUCGUCCACGACGGGGGGAUGCUGAUGCUGCUGCCGUUUCUCCUUCGCCAACACAAGGUGUGGCGUAAAUGUGGGAUGCGAAUCUUCACCGUGGCUCAGAUGGAGGACAACUCGAUUCAGAUGAAGAAGGAUCUGGCAACGUUUCUCUAUCACCUUCGUAUUGAAGCUGAGGUGGAAGUAGUGGAGAUGCAUAACAGCGACAUCAGUGCGUACACCUACGAAAGGACACUGAUGAUGGAGCAGAGAUCUCAGAUGCUCAGACAAAUGCGACUCUCUAAAUCAGACAGAGAAAGAGAAAGGGUGCGCUGGAGUUUUGACGAUGUGUAUCUCUCGCCCAGGUUCAGGAGUACUGAAGGCCACACUUCGAACCCCAUCAAAGAAGACAGAGACAGACAGGCCCAGUUGGUGAAGGACCGCAACUCCAUGCUGCGCCUGACCAGCAUCGGGUCAGACGACGAGGACGACACCGACGGCGGAGAGCGGGAGCGGCCGGUGAGCAGCAGCUCCGAGCACCACCGUCGCGUCCAGAUGACCUGGACCAAAGAGAAGACGGCCCAGUACAGAGCGGCGCACUCCGGCUGCUCCACGCCCGAAGGCUUCAGAGACAUGCUGAGCAUCAGGCCGGACCACUCCAACGUCAGAAGGAUGCACACCGCCGUCAAGCUCAACGAAGUCAUCGUGAACAAAUCCCACGAUGCCCGGCUCGUCCUGCUCAACAUGCCGGGGCCCCCGAAGAACACGGACGGUGACGAGAACUACAUGGAGUUCUUGGAGGUUCUGACUGAAGGACUGGAGCGCGUCCUGUUGGUCCGAGGAGGCGGAAGUGAAGUCAUCACCAUCUACUCCUAAUUGGACAAGACACUGGAAGACACUGUUUAACAAGCAAGCCAAUCAUGGAGAAGACCGGAGAUGGGUUGGUUCUGUGUGGGCUGCGUGGGAUAGACCGUCCCUGGCUGCAGCAUCGGUUGUCACGUCAACAUCCCACCCAACUUUUCAUCUUCACUCGUUUUCUGCCAUGAUGGUGUUUUCUACUCCAAUUAUGUUGACUCGAGGAAACGCCAACACAGUUCCACGAUUGAGCAACAAGAACCCAUAGCAAUCAUGUGUGUGCAUGUGUCUGUGUGUGUGUGUGUGUGUGUGUGUGUGUGUGUGGGAAUCGUUCACCUGGAAGAUCUUUGAUCUGUUGAAGGGACCAGCGUUUUGUUCGAAGCAGGUGUGUUUAGGCAGUGGAACAGUUAAAGUAAAUAUGAUGGGUCUGAAAACAAUGCAGUCGUUCCACCAACGAAACUCAGGGUUUGCUUUUUGUACAGAAUGUAUUUUGGACGUUUGUUAGUUUGCUAUGUGAGGCCUAAAUGUCUGGUAGCAAGAGGAGUAUUAUUAUUGUUUUUUUUAUUAUUAUUUCGGAAGGCACAUACUUGUUUGUUCCAGAAUUACACAUGGAGUAAAUAAGAGUAAAGCAGAUAAUCUCUUGUAUCAUUUUCCAUCUACAGGAACAGAUGAACACCAAACUCAGCAUUUCAUUUUGUAGACAUUAAAGCUUGUGAUACAGCAACUUUAAAAUCAGUAUUAUUGCACAGAUGUCAGAUUUUGCUGCUAUUUGUCUGAAACUAAUAUUGUGUAUUAGAAGCCCUGUUUUUUUUUUUGUUUUGUUUUUGUGUUGUUUUUUUUUUUACCAAAUUCAGAAUAAGUUCCUUUUGGGUUUCUUUCAUUUAUGAACCAAAAUCUUAAGUUCAAUGUAAACUUGAGCACAAAUUUAAAAUAAUGUUUUCAAAAGACACAUUAUAGUUAAAUAAUCAUGCAAUAUUUCUUAAAUGUUAACUGUAGGUAAUAAUAAAGAAAAGGUAGAUGUUUGGAAGAAAUCAUGUGAAGCAAUAAUUCGAAUUAACAGGGGAAGUAUUCUUAGGACACCCAAGGAUAUUAUUUUGUUUUAAAGUAUAGAUGUAAGGUAAAAUUUUCUUGGGCCAAUUAUAAUGAUGGCAAUGUACACUCUCCCACCUCCGUACACACACACACACUCGCUUCUGUCAAUUUCGUUCCAGCACUUAAAGAACUAAACUUCUAUAUGCGAAUAAAAAUGAGAGACUUUCCUAGGGGCACAUAUCAUCGAUUAAUCGUUUAGAUGCGAAUACCGCUCUGAUGCCGGUUGGUUCGGAUGCUAGUGUUGCUAUGACGGCAUAUCUGGGAAGAAGGGCUGCCUUUUUAUGUUGUUUAAUAUUUAUUGAUCUCCAGGUAAAACCAAAAUGACUAUUGAGAACGUGAUUAGAGGUCUUGGACCUGUAGCUAGCCCGGUGGACUGCAUGAGAAGAGACAUCGGCGUAACUCCGUUUUAUAAACUGUCAGACUCGUUAGUUAUAGUUUGUGUUGGCCUCAGGCAGACGAGAAACGGAUAAUAAUAAUAAUAGUGGUCAAGUUGGACCGUUGUGGCACGAACCACAGCACUGCAUGUUGGCUCAAUGAGGUAUGAAUGCGUUGAUGUCACUUGUUUGAUCUCGUUUUGUUAUUCGAAAGAAUAUCGGCAGUAUGAGCGUUUUAUCCUACAACCAUCUCAUUCCACACCUCAAAACAGCCCCACUCACGUGCUGCUUUAUGUGUAUGCGCACAUGUCCGUAUGUAAAAUGAAUGCUUGUGAUUUUAUUGUUCAAUUUUAGAAACCUCUAACUAGAGAUGUGUUAUCCCUCUCGAAUGCUAUUUUUUUGAUUUUAUUUUCAUUGUUGUGCAAGGAUUACAUUAUGUUUGAUUUUUAUUUCCUGAAAAUGAUCUCGCUUGUACAUAAGGGCAGAAGAAGACCUUAAGUUUUAUCUUUUUUUAAUUACAUUAUUAUAAAAAUCAUGACAAAAAAAUGUUGCUUAAAAAAAUGGGAAUAAAGCAAUU